AUGACGUUCAAGGCUUGUUGGAGAGAACUCAAGCGCGACGGAAAAAGCAAGAAGGGCGUGCGAGGUGAAGAUUUCUUCAUUGGCGAAAAGGAGCUGAUGGAUUACUUGGACCGCUUGGCUCUUGCGGCCCAGAUGCACCAGAAGAAGAAGGAUCGUGAAGCUUACGGACAAACAAUUGCUGCCCAGAACGACCCCAACCACGGUGAAGUGACACCAGGAGGUACGAAGCGUAACACGUGCUCGCCAUUGCGCACUACACCGGGUGGCCGCCUGAUCUCCACAUCGCCACACCUGACGGCAAGCGACGCAGACAGUGCGACGAGCUCGCAUAACAGCCCAGUGGUGCAGGUUGAUACCGAAGGUACAUUUGUAGAGCUGAAUUAUGCAGAUGCGACCUACAGGCUAAUGUGUAUGUUGUGUAUAGUUGUGCAGCGCAAUUUAUCGGCAGACUUCGAAGGUACUGUCGAGUCUGGAGCCGGCAACGACGUAGGUCCUGGCUGUGUGGUCCCACCCAGACAUGAGAUACUGGCGAUGCCCCAUGUACAACCUGUUGACGAAGAAACAAAAGUGACGGAGCCUACAAACCAGACCUCCUCCAUAGACACGUUACGUGAUCCGAACAUUGUUCCGGCCGCCGACUCUCCUGGUGAUUAUGCAGUCCUUGAUUCCGAUGGAGGGUGUGAGAGGGAUUCUAUUUACGAUGACGACGACGACCUCGGAUGGUGUGAGCCUAAUCCAGGCGGUGAGGAAGAGAAUGAAACACCUGCAGACAUUCUUUUUACUCCAGAUUUUCUCAAUGCCGUCGGUGUUAUCAACACUGUUGCACGUGGUGCAGUAUCAGACGACGCGUUGGACGCGAUACGAGACAGAGGAUGGACGGAAUCACAGCUCUGUACUCCAUACCCGUUCAUGGAUGAACCUUACGAUGUGCGACCUGACGAGUGGAUGCGUGAAGACUACUCUGGUAUCUACGAAGGUGAUCAUGGACCUACCGCUGGUGCACCUAACGCAGCGUCUACGGUGCUGGGCGCAUUUCUGCGUUUUGUAACACCACAACGUUUGGAACGGAUUGCCGGGGAGACCAACGCAUACUUUCACGAAACUUUGGAUGCUCGUGUGGAAGCGCAGCAUGUGAAACAAACUAGUUCGCAAAAAGAAAAAAAAACCGAAGUUCGAAAUUCAAUCGCCGCAAAAAAUCAGGGAGAUAUUACCGGACGUAUCGGGUAG